GGCAUCAAAGCGGCCCCCCGUUGCGGAGCCUCUUUUAGACUUUAAACCCCCCCCCCCAAAAUAACCGUCCGUUCAGGCUUCAUCUACAGAUUGGAGAGGCGUCGCACAUCCAAGAUGAAAACAAAAGUUCGCCUGCUCAUUCUCAUCCUGAUUACUGCUGGCAUUUGUGUUUUUUGGGGAGACCAAGUCUUACAAUACGUUCCGCCUCAGGAACAAAGGUCCUGUUCUUGUGACCAAUGUUUAUUUGAAAAUGAAACGUUGCCUAUUCAGAAUUUGAGCAGAUUUCCACAACCACUUUUAUCCAAGAACUACAAUCUGUCAGAAGAGGAUUACAACUGGUGGAAGCGCCUACAGCCUGGAGGCGGUAGCAUCAGUGCCUACAGAGACAAAAUCAAAAAGAUUUUUGAGCGGAUCCCAGCCAACCCUCCUGUUGAAGCUCCCAGGCCUGGCCGCUGCAGGACCUGUGCUUUGGUGGGAAAUUCCAUUAAUUUGUUAAGAUCACACUACGGACCUCUCAUAGAUUUCCAGGACUACGUCAUAAGAAUUAACAAGGGUCAGACCAAAGGCUUUGAAGCAGAUGUUGGGAACAGAACGACUCAUCGUGUCAUGUAUCCAGCGAGUGCUUCUCAGUUAGAUAACACCACUCAUCCAGUGCUGUUCGCAUUCAAGAUAUGGGAUCUUGGAUGGAUUACGAGGGUCCUCGGCUCACAACAGUCUGCAAAAAAAUCCUUAUUCAACAAGGAUUUGGCGAUGGUCCUUAACCCAGCUUUCAUGAGGAAUGUUCAUGACGUGUGGCUGAAGAAGAAAGGCUACUAUCCCUCCACCGGCUUCUUGGCUUUGGUUCUUGCCCUGAACAUCUGUGACGAGGUCGCUGUGUUUGGUUUUGGAGCCGACAGUGAAGGAAACUGGAGUCAUUACUGGGAACAAAUCACCUACAAAAGACUAAGAACUGGAAGACAUCCUGGAAAUGUAGAGUAUAAAAUGAUCGAGGAGCUAGCAAAGCAUAAAGUAAUCAAAUUCUAUAAGGGGUGGUAAAAGUAUAAAUGUUCUGGGUCUGUACUGUCAAACUGCUUCAGAGACCCCAAAUGGAAUCGGAUUCAUUGAAGGACACCAGCUUUUUCACCAGUCCAUUCAGGGCAUUUUACAAAGAGUCAAUAUUUUUGUGUUUGUUUUUUUGAAACAUGGAUUACAUGCCUGGUAGUGUUUGUAAAUUAAGAUAUCUGCGCAAAAUAUCUGCUUCUCCUGCACAGCCUCCUCUCCGCUAGUUUGCAUGAAUCAGCUGUUUUAGCUUGUACUUUGCACAAUAAACUCAUCUGGAUU